AUGCCGUCACAGCGCCCCUACUUCCUCUCCUCCUUCAUCGCCGCCUUCCGCCAACAACGCCCAACUCUCCAGGCCAACCCGCAGCCCAACAAACACAGCAACCAAACCGCCGCCGUCGGCUCCUCCACCCCGUCAUCGGCAAUCGCCACCAGCGCUGCCGCCGCCGCCGCAGCAGCAUCGUCCGCCCAGGCAAACAGUCGCUCCCCGCCUCCUAGCGUAGCCAUCCACUCUCCCCGCGGCGACGCAGCUUCCAUUCCUAUUCCGAACCCAUCUGCCUCGGGUCGUCGCCGAGGCAGCGACAGCAGUAGCGAGGGCUUCAGAGAUGCAAUAGGCGCAGAACGGUGGUAUAUCGGCGGGAGGACGGCAGGCGGCGAAGAGAAAUUCUUCAAGCUGGGCGUAGUGAGGAGGGUGAGAAGUAAUGACGGGCUGAGUCUGGAUCGUCUGAGUUUAUGA